AUGAUCGUCGCCCGAGUCAACCUCUACCUCCAGACCUUCCUCCUCCUCUGCUCCAAAAAUCGAAGAGUUCCCGACCGAGCGCUAAACAUACUCGGCAUCCUCGUCUUCUGGACGUGGUUCCCGCUACUCGUCUCGUGCCUGCCCAACUGGACCGAGCGUGUUCUGUUCGUGCUCGCCAGCUUCGCCGUCUGCUCGAUCCAGCACGUGCAGUUCUGUCUGAACCAUUUCGCGGCGGACGUGUACGUGGGGGCGCCCAAGGGAAACGACUGGUUCGAGAAGCAGACGAGCGGGACCAUAGACAUAUCGUGCUCGACUUGGAUGGAUUGGUUUUUCGGGGGGCUGCAGUUCCAGCUGGAGCACCACCUGUUCCCGAGGCUGCCGAGGUGCCACCUCAGGAGCGUGUCGCCUGUGGUGCAGGAGCUCUGCAAGAAGCAUAACCUGCCCUACAAUAGUCUGUCGUUUUACGAGGCAAACAGAUGGACGCUGAGGACAUUGAGGUCGGCAGCGCUUGAGGCCAGGGACUUCUCGUUGCCUGUGCCUAAGAACUUGCUGUGGGAAGCUGUGAACACGCACGGCUGA